UUUACAUUUAAGAAAAUGGGAGACGAAAUUGAAGUAAAACCUCAAACAGAAGAAGUGGAUUUAAAAUUACAAUCUAUUUCGGAUCAAAAUACAGCCAACCCGGCACAAAAGAACAAUGAAGAUAACACAGCAAAACAACAGCAAAGUAUGAACCAAGAAAAGAAGAAGGAAGAAUCUGGACCGCGGAUCACCAAAAAAUUCCUCAAGGAUCAUUGUAGGCAACACAAACUUUACUUCACACCUUACCUGAAUGACACAUUAUACUUGCACUUCAAGGGCUUUUCAACCAUUGAGAACUUGGAGGAAUACACUGGACUGAAGUGUCUUUGGUUGCAGAGCAAUGGUCUGCAACGCAUUGAGAACUUGGAUGCCCAGACUGACCUGCGCAGCCUCUUCCUUCAGCAGAACCUCAUCUACAAAUUGGAAAACCUGGAUCACCUCAAGAAACUCUGCACUUUGAAUGUUUCCAACAACUUCAUUCAGACCAUAGAGAACAUCUCCUCUCUUCCAGACCUCAGCACGCUUCAGAUAGCCCACAACAAGCUUGGAUCUGUGAAGGACAUAGAUCACCUCAGUGAAUGCCCCAUCAGCAUGCUGGACAUGUCUCACAACUUGUUAAACGACCCUGAGAUUCUCACAGUGCUGGAGACAAUGCCAGAUCUCAGAGUGUUGAAUCUUAUAGGGAAUGAGGUUGUGAGGAAAAUCCCAAAUUAUAGGAAGACCCUGAUUGUGCGUUUGAAACAUCUCACCUUUCUGGAUGAUCGUCCUGUAUUUCCCAAGGACAGGGCUUGUGCUGAAGCUUGGGCGUCAGGGGGCUUGGAAGCAGAGCGCAUGGAGAGGGAGCAGUGGGAGUCCAGAGAAAGGAGGAAAAUUCAGGAAAGCUUGGAUGGAAUGGUGCUGAUACGGCAGAGGGCCUUGGAGAGAAAACGCCAACGUGAGCAACAAGAAGCAGGGGAUACUCUUGAUGAUGUGGAUGGAGAAGAGAACCCACAUGAGAAUCUGCCACUGAGCUCGGAGAAAAAUGAAAAACUAGAGGCAUUUGUGCAAGGCAGCCUGGACGCCCAUGAAGAGUUUUUACAGAGUCAGGAAGACAACCAGCAAAACAUGAAACAAUCUGAAGCUGAAGAUAAAUUACAAGUAAGAAUGGACAUCAAUGAAGACCAGAUGGAGAACGAUAGCAAAGGCCAGUUGGAUAGCCUGAUAGAAGAAGUGAACACUGAGAAUUUGGCACAAAACGAAAAGUUGGACGCUGAAAAGUUGGAGACUGAAAAGUUAAAAGCCGAAAAUGUCAUCAAAUGUCAGUCAAUCAAUAUGGAAGGGGAAGGAUAUGAAGAGAAAAAUGUGAAGAUGCAGCCUCUUCAGACCAAGGACCAUCACAGUAAAUCUGAUGGAGUUAUGUCACUAAACCUCCCAGGGCAUUUAGUCACAACAAUGGAAAACAUUGAUGAUCUUGAAACCAUCCACCUUACCAUGGACCAGCGACUGUCCAUAGACGAUCUGCCAGAUUUGGAGGAAGCAGAGCCUGAAGAUUUCAUGGCAGCGUUCUCCUCCUCACAGCCUGUGUCCAAACCAAAAAUAGUGAUGCUGUCCGAUACGGAGGAUGAAAAGUUUGGACCAGUUGCCAGUUUUGAGCCGAGAAAAAAAGAAUUGCUUGGUGAAACAAAGGAAAAAGCAUUCCCACUACUGGAGUUGAAAUGUGGAGACACGACUGAACCACUAUUGUUGCAACCGAACAUGGAACCAAUGAAGCAAGCCCCUGCACCACCCUGUCUGAUUGAAGAGCUGGACUGAACAUUAGAAAUUAUAUUAACUUACUAAAACACACAGUUUUAAGCUGUUUUAAAUUAAUCAAUUAACACAUAUUUCUUACAACACGUGUGGUAC